AAACUCUUAAACCCAAAAUCCCAAAUCGGCCAGAAGAAUUUUACCAACAAACAAACAAACAAACAAACAAACCUCCUUGUAAGAAUUUCACACUUCUAAAAGACCAAAAUCACCCUAAAAAAAUGGAGAAGGAUAUUCUAUCACGGUUCGAUGAUCGAUCCAACCACACUUUACGAGAAGAAAGAAGUUUGUUUGGAUUUUAGCCACCAUUUAAUAAGACCAUACACAUGCGUGAUCAAUAAGCCAUUUUUUCUUCACCUUCUCUCUGUCACACGCAGUACCCUUGGUUUUUUUUCCACUCCAAGAAAACCCAAACCCUAGAUCUCUUUGUUUUUGCUUGUGACACUCCCCAUCUUCACGUCUCUCGUUUGUUUCACUGUAUCUUCACACGCACAACACACAACGAAAGCGAAGACCCCAUUUUCCAGAUCUGACUAAACUAUACCAACUUCGUCUCCGAAUUUUUUCUUUUGUCUUUGCUUUUAGUCCUCAGCUACCCAUUUAUUUUCUCAUUGCAAAUCUUUUAUUAGAUCGGCUUAAACCCGGAAAAGAGACUAAAAAAAAAAGACCAAGUUGUUAAUUUUGUCAGCGAAUUAUAUCUAGCUUUAAAGUUGAAUUAUUUUGAGUUAAAAGAAUUUUGUUUGUGAUUUUACGUGAUCGGGUUGGAUUAUGCAGGAUAUAAAUUGAUUAGAUCUGGAUUUGGGUUAUUUUAAUUUAUAUAUGUUGUUUUAGUGGUUUGGGUAUCUUUUUUGGAUUGGUUAGGGAGUUUUUUCUCAAUGGCAAUGCCAUCGGGAAAUGUAGUUUCGUCUGAUAAAAUGCAGUUUCCUGCUCCUUCAGUUGGCGGUGGUGGUGCCGCUGGAGCCGUUGGUGGCGGUGCAGGAGGAGGAGAGAUCCACCAGCACCAUCACCGGCUAUGGUUUCCGGAUGAGCGUGAUGGCUUUAUCUAUUGGUUGCGAGGGGAAUUUGCUGCAGCCAAUGCUAUGAUUGACUCCCUUUCUCAUCAUUUGCGUGAGGUUGGGGAGGUUGGGGAGUAUGAAGCAGUCAUAGCUUGCAUUCAACAAAGGAGAUGUAAUUGGAACCCUGUGCUACAUAUGCAGCAGUACUUUUCGGUUGCUGACGUUUCCUACGCUCUUCAACAGGUCGCGUGGAGACGGAGACAAAGGCAUUAUGAUCCUGGGAAAGUCGGGGGAAAGGAAUUUAAAAGAUCUGGCAUUGGGUUUAAGGGGCAUAGGAUAGAGGUGGCCAAAGAAGUGCAGAAUUCAGGGGUUGAUAGUGAUGGGUAUUCGACUGUUACCACAGUUUCAGAGAGAAAUGAGAGAGGGAGUGAGAAACGUGAGGAACUUAAGUCGGGUGGUGGGGUAGGGAAGGUGGAGGAUAAAGACUCAGCUGUUACAGAUGAUAAAAAAGAUGUUGGUUCUAAACCUCAUGCUGAUAGCAGCGACUUAAAAGGGUCAGGGAGUUCAAAGGGAACUACAGAUGGAAAUACAGAACCUGGAACUGAGGAUGUAAAUGGUGGAUGCACAUCAAGCUAUAAAGAGAAUGAUUUACAUUCCACCCAAAAUCAGAAUGAACAGCAGAAUCUGGCUAUGGGUCCAAAAACUUUUGUUGGUAAUGAGAUGUUUGAUGGAAAGAUGGUCAAUGUGGUGGAUGGGCUAAAAUUGUUUGAGGAACUGUUUGAUGAGAAGGAAGUUUCAAAUCUUGUCUCAUUGGUAAAUGAUUUAAGGGCUGCAGGGAAAAGAGGACAAUUUCAAGAAGCAGGUCAGACAUAUGUGGCUUCAAAAAAACCCAUUAAGGGACAUGGCAGAGAGAUGAUUCAAUUGGGCCUUCCAAUUGCAGAUGCACCUCUAGAUGAUGAAACUGUUGCAGGGACCUUGAAAGAUCGGAGAAUAGAAGCCAUUCCUGCCUUGCUGCAAGAUGCUAUAGAACGUUUGGUCAACUUGCAAGUUUUGACUGCAAAGCCGGACUCUUGCAUCAUUGAUGUCUAUAAUGAGGGGGAUCAUUCACUGCCUCGCAUGUGUCCACCUUGGUUUGGAAAGCCUGUUUGCAUCAUGUUCUUGACCGAUUGUGACAUUACCUUUGGAAGGGUAAUUGGAGUCGACCAUCCUGGGGACUUUAGAGGCUCUCUAAAGCUUUCUCUUGCACCUGGAUCUCUCCUUGUGAUGCAAGGAAAAUCAGCUGAUUUUGCCAAACAUGCACUUCCCUCUGUCCGAAAGCAGCGAAUACUUGUUACAUUUACCAAGUAUCAACCAAAGAAAUCCACGGCUGACAACCAGAGGCAUCCUUCACCUUUAGUUUCUCAGUCUUCACAAUGGGGUCCGCCACCUAGUAGAUCACCCAACCAUUUUCGCCAUUCUGCUGGUCCCAAGCAUUAUGCAGCAAUACCAACAAGUGGUGUACUGCCAGCCCCAGCAAUUCGGCCACUAAUUCCCCCUCCAAACGGUGUUCAAACUUUAUUUGUGCCCACUCCAGUUGCUCCUGCUAUUCCUUUUCCUGCUCCAGUUCCCAUCCCACCUGUUUCGACUGGGUGGCCAGCUGCUCCUCCAAGACAUCCUCCACCCCGUCUACCUGUUCCUGGCACAGGAGUUUUCCUACCUCCACCAGGGUCCAAUUCAUCAUCCCAACAGUCGUCAACUUCUGCAACUGAAGUCAACAUUCCUGUGGAGACAACUUCCCCACCUGGAAAGGAUGAUGGUUCUGGGAAGCCCAAUCAUCAUACAACUUCUUCUGGAGGGAGGUUGGAUGGAAAAUCUCCAAAGCAAGAGUGCAAUGGAAGUGUAGACGGAACCGGCAGUGGGAGAGCUAUGAUGCAGGAAGAACAACAACGUGCUGACAAUAGUGUCAACCAACCUGCUAGUGCAGUUUAGAGAGAGAGAGAGAGAAAUGGAAUUUCUCAAAGGAGAUAGGCUGCGAACUGCAAUGAGUUUAAAGCAAAUGUAAAGAGCGGCAACACUUGAGACUUUUGACAUUUCAUACUAAUAGUGGGGGAACAAAGGGGAGGGAGGAACUUCUCAGUUCUCUCCGCAUUCCUUCAUGUUCUCUUUUCCAUUUUUUGUUGUCUUAUUAUUUGAACUUUCACAAGAGGUGGAAAACUCCAUUCUUAAUAUAACCUUUGGUUCCUCUUAGUAU